AUGAGAAAAUCGAAUCAAUCUAAUACUGAAGAGAAUUUUGUUUUCAGGCCAGCAAGUCACAAGCCACAUAGCAUCCACCUUUCUUCUACGAAUGCAAUCGAAUUGAAGAUUGUGGCUGGGUUUGUUGCGGAAGCGAUUUCAAUGGAGCCCAUUGCAGACGUGGAUUGUCUUCUGAAAGUGAAUGUCAAUUGUGAGGCCUGCAAGAUGAAGAUGAUCCAAUUGCUAAGUUCCAUCUGUGGAGUGUAUUCUGUGACCAUAGAUGCAGCAGAAGGAACCGCAAAAGUUUCAGGAGAGGUGGAUCCGAACAUCCUUCUGAGGGGGUUAGCGAGAUCAGGAAAUCACGCAGAGCUGGUGUGGGUCAAGCUUAAACAUCCGGUAAUGAACAAUAGACGAUGUUAUUACACUGCUGACAAUGGAUCAUCAUAUGCUUAUCAUCAUCAUCAUAAUGGUGGAAUAGAAGAACCACCCUACAGUACUACUACUAGGUACAGAGGGGCGUUGCCUGAACGUUCAUACUAUUAUGGGAUGCAUCAACACUACCCACCCAUAACAAGGACAAACUAUGCAACCCAAUAUCCUAGUUGGUACACCACAAACUCCUACUACUAGAUGCUAUUCCUCGUUGGUGAGCUCAUGCAGGGUGGGUUUUCUGAUCAUCUGCGGAAGAAGAAAUGCAUGCAUGCAUGCAUUCUCUCUUUGAUUUCUUUAUUAUAAGCAAUAACAAAAAUACAUCUUAGAAUGAUUUCAGCAUGUGAUCAAAUUUGGCAUGGAAGCACUACUAGGAUUUAUAGCAUUGGCUUUUGAUUUUUAUCAUGAAUUAUUACUAGUAACCACCGUGGUUUCUAAGAUAUUCU